GUAGAAAAUUCUUUCCGUUGUUGAUAAGCUUCUCUCUCUCUUUACAUGCCAACUACAAAAAGUAACAGAAAAUCCAACUCCUCGUUUCAAUCUUUAUUCUUCUGCUUCAAAAUCUGCAAAACCAAAGGGAUAAAAAGAAACAAAGAAACAGAAAAAUCAUAUAACAGCUUAACCAUAACCUAACUAACACAACAACCUCACCAUUAAAUUAGCCUCUAUACACAAACAAAAAAGUUUCAAAGCGAAGGAGAAACAACAAAAAGGAACAGGAGAAAGCAAAACCCUAAUUUUCACUUCCUCCGCCGCGCCGGGGAAUUGCUGUCGUCGUUGUUGUCAUCGACUUCUCCUUUUGCGAGGUUAUUGAAUUCUCCAAUUCUGAGCUUGGAAUUUGAUUAGACUGCGUUCUUGUUAUUCUCUCGAAGAUGUCGAGGUUUCCGUAUUUCAACCGUUCCAACACGGUUCAUACGGCGUACUCAAAAUCGCCGCAGAUAUCCUACACACUUGAUCGUUCUGGUUCCCUAAGCGAUAUAUCGGAUGAUUCUGCGAAAUCGAAAUCCAGUUCCAAUUCGAGUUCGAUGCGCGGAAGGAUGGUUAAGAAGAUAUGCGGCCUCUUUGAAACGCAAUCGAAAUCUUCGUCAAUUGCAAAAUCAGCAACUGAAGAAUCAGUCCAAUCGUCUAAGGCGAAACAAGGGAAUUCGAAAUUGAUGAAGGUUGACUCGGAUUUGGGGACUCCGUUCAGGUUACCGGAUGCGGACGACCGAGUGGUGGUGUAUUUCACGAGCCUGAGAGGGGUAAGGAGAACGUUUGAGGAUUGCAGCGCGGUUCGGAUGAUCCUUAAGGGAUUCAGGAUAUGGAUCGACGAAAGGGAUGUUUCGAUGGACGCGGAAUAUAGGAAGGAGUUGCAGUGUGCUCUUGGGGAGAAGAAUGUGACCCUCCCUCAGGUUUUUGUGAGAGGAAAGUAUAUUGGAGGAGCUGAUGUGAUCAGGCACUUGUUUGAGGUCGGCGAGCUAGGGAAGAUUCUUGAAGGGUUCCCCAAGACGAAGCCCGGUUUUGUCUGCGAGAGUUGCGCCGAUUUGAGAUUCGCACCUUGUUGGCAUUGCAGUGGGAGCAGGAAGGUGUUUGAUGAGGAUGAGGGGUUGCUCAAGAGAUGCUUGGAGUGUAAUGAGAAUGGACUCAUUAGGUGCCCUAAUUGCUGUUCCUGAAAAAAAGGAACACAGGCCAAAACCCGAAGUAACCAAAGUUGUCUGAGAAUGAGUAGUUUAUAUUUUUGUUUGUUGGAUUGAUUGCAUGCAUGCUCUUGAUAGUGGUCCCAGUGGGAGGGAUGAGAUAUGAGUUUGGUUGGUUGGUUGUCAAGGGAUUCAAAGCACUCUUUGAAUUCAUUAUUGUUAGUUUUUGAGAGUUGUCAUUAUGGGAGAAUGAUGAGUCUCUUGCACCUUGAACAGCAUUUUGUUUUGUUCAAGGAGUGUGUCUGCUUUCAGGAAAAAAAAAAGAGUAAUGUGUAUUUAGUGCUUCUCUUCGAGGCAAUGUAAAUAUUUAGUGCAAUUAUCAUCAGGACUUAAUUGCAAGUAUUGGUCUUUCAUAGUUAAUAAUGAGAAUGGGUUAUUUUAAUCCCUUAUCUCUGAUCCCAGAUUGUGUCUGUAUUCUCUCUCUGGCGUGUUGUCUUUUAUUAAUAGAACAUGUAUAAAUAGCACUGAGGCGUGUUGUAAUAUGAAAUACCCUCUUGUUUGGUAUCA